UCCCACUAGUUACAAAAUACUCUGAAAAUGAUUUCUAUAUAAAGUGGAGGUUGAGGAGCUGCUCGGCAGGCAGUCUGGUUUCGUCAACAGUUGGCUAGUUUAGUUUCUCAGCCUAUUAGCUUAGCUCGCUUUCAUAUUAGCAGCAUCACAUCUACACGGCAGUGAGUUCGGUUUGUAUAAAGUUAUUUUUCCAGCAACCAAGUAGCAGGCCCGCACUUCAGAAUGGAUUCUGAUAUACUGAAGAUAGAGGAAAUUGUGAUGGGAGGUGGGGAGACUGCUGCCCCUGCUGAUGUGAGCCCCGAGAAAGAGGGGAAGCCGUACACCACGAUCAUCAUCCAGGAUCCUCCUGUGCCACCUGUUAUUCAGUCCUACCAGCACGAGAGCCUGCAGUGUUUCCAGUGUUUUAUAACCUUCUGUAACUCUAAAGCCAAAGAGAGGCAUAUGAAGAAGAGUCACCGUGAAGAGUAUAAACAGCAACUGCAGCAGUGCGAUACACUCUUCACCUGUUACGUGUGUGAUCGCACAUUUCCAUCUUCAGAGGAACUAACACUGCAUCAGUCUACUCACAACAAGGAGGACAAGCCCUUCAAGUGUGCACACUGCAGAGAGAGUUUUCGUACAUUCUCAGAGUUGACCACGCACCGGCGGCAGGUGUGUCCCGAGCGUCAGUUUGCGUGUAAAGAAUGCAACGAGACAUUCCGGAGCCCGGCGCUUCUCCGUACCCACCGUGUGGCCCAGCACCCUGCGCGCCCAGAUGGAGACGACACUGACGAUCCCAGCAAAACCCACCGCUGCGGUAAAUGCGGCAGGGGAUUUGAAGAGGAGUCUGAGCUGCUGCAGCACCAAGAAAACCAUGCAUCAAACCAGCACUGCAAUGGCGGCGGACCUGUCAAGAGGCGUGGCCGGCCCCCCAAAGCCGAAACGAGCUCAGCAGGCGGAGAGAAGAAACAAAAACUGAGCGAAAAUGAAGCGGCGGAGAAGCCCGAGGACACGCCCCCUGCACCGGCGGCAGCAGAGCCACCACCAGCUGAGGCAAGACCCAAAGCAGGGGGAAGGCGAGGGCGGCCUCCAAAAUCUGCCUCGCAGGAUCCCAAACCAGACGAAGACAAAUCCGACAGCAAGAAGACAAAGGCGGCUUCUCCGACAGCUCGCCAGAUCCCGUGCCCAGAAUGUGAUCUCGUUUUCUCUGCACCAGCUCAGCUCCGGGCUCAUAAGAAAGAGAAGCACACGCAGCGCAAAGCAAAUCCAUGCCAAGAAUGUGAGGAAAGCUUUAACCGUGCCGAGCAGCUGGAGGCUCACAUGGCUCGUGCACACAAGGCUGGCCGUUACUCCUGCUCAACAUGUGGCAAGAGCUUCGGUCGAGAAAGCAACCUUAAAGCUCACCAACAGAGCCACGAGAAGGAGGACGAGAAGUCUAGUGGGGGAGGCAAGAGAUAAACCGAGCAUGAGAGAGGAAUGAGGCUUUGACAGAACGGGGGUUUGGGUUUCACAGUUUGUAAAGCAGACUUUAGUGAAAGAAGAAGAGAAAAACCUGGAUUUUGGUUUAGAGCUUGGAAACAGGCUGGAGUUUCUUUCACAGGUUGAGAACUCUUGUUUUAUUUGGAGUCUGGAAACCCAGAAGUCCCAUAUGGCUUCCUCAUUUCAUAUCAUGUUUUUAUAGCUGUGGCAUAGUAUACGGUUUGGGCCACAAUUUAAAAUCGAUAGUGUAAUCAAACCCAUGUCUCCCAUACGCCAGAAUUGUAGGGGCAUGAACCAGAUUUUUUUUAAAGCCCACUCCUGCUAAGAGGCUUUGCAUUUGGCUUUUAUUCUAAUAUUUUAAUGUUUUUUUUUUUUUUUUUAAGUAAUUUGUUUAGACCAUUUGGGAGGAAAGAAAGAGUUAGUGAUCAGUUUUUUGAUGGCAAGCAUCAAUUAGCAUUUAGAUUAUUUAAUUUCUCCUCUUGCACCACAAGGUGCUACUUUUAACUUUACCUGUGACUAGAGUUUGGGGCUGUAAUAAAAAUUGAUUACACGUUACACUUUUAUUUUUUUUUUUUAUUAAAAAAAAUUUUUUAACCUGUGGCUUCUAAUCCUAAUGGUGCAGCAGUACAGUGACGUAUACAGAACCUGUUGCUAUGUAGAUGUUUGAGUCAGCCUUUUUCCAGUGACUUUUAAUUUUUAUUUUUUGAGACUGGGUGAAUGCUCGAACAUUUUUACGAGAUCAUUUUUAAUGGUGCACGAGCCCUCUGUAAAUCAUUCAAUUCUAACCAGCAAGUGUCUUACUAUGGUUAUUUAAUAGGGUUGUUCUUUACAGCUCUCAUUUGACCAUAGUAAUGCAGGUACGUUUUUAAACUCCUAAAUGCAGCUAUUUGAUGUGCAGAAUUGGUUUGUUCUAAUUUAAAUCAGAAGAGAUAGCUCAGGUUUGUCUUGUUGUUUUCAACCAAGUAAAAAUGUUACAUCUGUAAAUUUGACACAUGAUUGAUCCGUCGCCGCCUUUUUUUUUUUUUUUUACAUUAAUUAUGCACAAAGUUUGACCACUAGCCCUUUAGAAAGAAAUGUAUUUAAAAACUCCUGUGUAUUCAGUGUAAUUUCUCCCCUGUUGCCUAAAUGGUUUCAAAUUAAAGACCACCACAAUUUAA